GUCGCUUUCCGGGCCCCGCGCGCUGCCGCCCGCGCACCAUGGCCGGCCCCGCGGCCAGCGGACCCCGGGCGGCCCCUCGGGUCCACUACCUGGCCGACGUGGGCUGCCCGGUCGGGGGCCUGGCGCCGGGCAGCGCCCGCGUGCUGAGCGCCGGGGCGCGGGUCCUGCUGUCCGGCGGGGGCCGCUUCGUGCACGUGUGCAAGCCCGAGGGCCGGCGGCUGAGCGCCGUGCUCGAGUUUCCCGCGCGAGUCUGGCACCUGGAGCCGCUGGCCGGCCCCGCGCUGCUGGCCCUGUGCGCUGGCUGCGGCCUCUACCGCGUGUCUCUGGACCCGACCGGCAGGGACUCCGUGGACAGCAUCGCUGGUGGGGACAGUGGGCAGUGUGUGGACAGCACUGACCACGGAGACAGCGGGCAUGGAGUGGACAGUGAGCCUCCGCUGCUCAGGACCACAGUGGGGCCAUCGGCCUGUAUCCUCCCCAGCCCCACACUUGCCGCCUUUGUGGUGUGGGGGGACAUGCUGGUCACUUUGGCACAGGGUCCUGCCCGCUGGAAGGUGCAGCUGACGCUGUGUCCUACACCUGGACAGGACCUCGUGCCGCCUAACUCAGUCGGAGAAGUGGACUUGCCAGCGAGCAGCUCCCCGACCCCGAGCCCAGGGCAGCCCCAGGCCCCUCACCGCGCGCCAGUGCUGUGCACCGUGGCGCCCCCCGGCCCCCGGGGCCUGGACGCUGCCCUGUUUGGGCUGCUCUUCGGGGCCGACGCCUGCCUGCUACGUUCGCCCGUGCUCCUCUGCGGCCUCCCUAGUGGUCAGCUCUGCGCGGUUCUCCUGCAGGCCCUGGUCACCUCCAGUGGGGCCCCUGGUGACCCACAGGCCCUCGUGAGGACCAUCCACCACCUGGAGGAGCCAGUGGUGUGGGUCGGGGUCCUGAGGACAGAGCCACCGGCCGAGGACCUGGGAGAUGCGCCCUCCAACUGCCUGGUGACCCUGGGUCGCGGUGGCCGGCUGCUGGCCAUCAAGGCCCGCCGGGAUGAGGCCGGGAGUCCAGUACUGGAGCUGCGGGAGUACCGCGUCCCGGGCCCGGUGCUCUGUGCAGCCUGCGACGAGGGCAGCUGCCUGCUCCUCAGCACCCCCUCAGGCCUCCAGGUGGUGGACCUGGCCCUGGGAAGUGACCCCCGGGAGCCCAGCGGCCUGCCCCCUGACCUCUGUCCUGCCAGCACCGGCAUCUGCAGCCUGGCUGCCCUCACUGUGUCCCCCAGGACUCCAGGAGGGCCCCUCAAGUUCCUGGCUCUGUCGUCCCGGGGCCGCCUCCUGGCCUGCAACCUGGCCCUGCCCGAGUGGCCGCUCUUGGCCGGCAGUGCCCAGCACAUCGGAGCCCUGCUGUCCGGAAUCGUGGCCACAUCUGAGAGGGUCACAUCCCUGAAGGCCACGGCGGAGCAGCAGAAUCGGGCGCUGCAGGGCCUGAAUGCAGCCGUGGGCGUGACCUGUGCUCUGCUGCGCGGCCAGCGGGGCCCUGGGCCCGUGUCCUGCCGUGUCCAGGCCUCCUGGACCUGCCUGCCGUCGGGGGACGUGUUGCUGGCCCGCUGUGUGCUGGAGACUGGCCCGGACUUCUGCCUGGGCGAGGGCUGGGCCCUGUGCGUGGGCCUUCGGCCGGGCUCCAGGGGCCUGGGUGCCGCGACCAGCUGCACGGUGCCGCUGGGCACCCUGGGCCCCGGCUCUCGGCGAAGCCUCACGCUGCCGCUGGGCCCCAGCGAGGACGGGGUCCCGGAGCUGCCCGUCACGGUCUCCUGCCAGCUCCUCUUCGGCCUGCAGGACAGCGUGGGGGCAGCCCUGGGUCCCGGGGCCCUGCCCGGACACGAGGCCGUGGGCCUGCCCCUGGGCCGGCACGUGCUGGACGUGCUGCAUGCCCUGCGCUUCCCCGAGCGGCCAGCAUCGGCCGCUGCCCCGUGCAGGCCCCCUGGGAACCCCCUGGAUGCCCUCCUGCAGGCUCUGUGCGGGCCGGGCCCCAAGCCGGGGGACCCUUACCUGCCGCCCGUGGGCGCCGCCCUCACAGUGUCAGCACAGCUGCUCCAGACGGCCCUGGCUGACCUCGGCUCAGACGUGCCGCUGCCGCCCGCCACUCUGCGGUGGCUCCUGUCUGGGAACGAGGAUGCCGCCAGGGUCCCGGCCGCGGCCUAUCUCCAAGGAGUGGCCCCGGACGGGACUGACGUCCACCUCCGCGUGCGGGAGGUGUGUGUUCCUGACGGGAGCCCGGCAGGGCCCCUGCAGGCCGUGGAGAUCCGGGUGGAGAGCCCCUCGCUGGCCGUGCUGUGUGCCGUCCACAGCGCCGUCACCCGGCGUGUGCAGACCGCGAUCACAGAACAGGCCUCGCGCGGCCCCAGCCCCCCGCAGCUCUGCGUGCAGUACCUCCGCCACGUCCAGGCCAGCCACGAGACGCUGCGACGGGAGAUCCGGACUGUGCAGGAGCAGCUGAGGCUGGGGGAGCCCGCAGCCCCCCACGCCACGGCCCAGCGCCUCCUGCGGGCCUUCCAGCAGCUGCGCAGCCCCGGCCCCCUGCUGCUGUGACCCGGGCCCGCGCUGCCUCCGCUGCCCUGGCAGCGCCCAGAGGGCCCCGCGGAGAGGGCGGUGUCCGGGGCGGGGAUCGGGGGCUUGGCUGUCCCCAGCUCAGGGGGCCCAUCCAGCGCUUUUGGCUCGGUAACCUCGGGUCAGCCUGAGUCCAGCCCUGUAGUGGCAGGUCCCCAGGCGGCCGUGGCCCUUGUGAGCAGAGCUGGGGGUCCCCACAGGCCCACCCCAGCCGUGCCGCCUCACCAGGCUGCCCACCCCCACGGGGGUCGCUCCCCAGCCAUCUGCACGGGGGUCUCUGCCGCCAGGGCUCCUUCCGGCGGCUCCCACAGCUGACCCAGGGCCCGGAUGACCCCACCCACACACCCCGACAGCCCUCAGCAGGCGCCCGGGAGAACUUUCUGGAUCGGUAGUGGGUUUGGGGGAUGCCACAGGGGAAGACGGGGGUGUGGGACAGGACUGAGGCCCGGGGGCCCAAGGAGAUAGGCAGUGGACAAGCCCCCACACACUCUGCCCUGAGGGUCCUCAGCCCUGUGCCCCGUGCUGCCCCCAGUGAGGACGCAUGUGAGGGAGGUGGGGUCCCAGCAGCUGGGCCCUGCUAGGGGGGGGCACCCCCUUCCUGUCCCCAGGGGUCUCUGGGGGGCCGCAGUGUGGCCUGCUGGGGGCCCGCCCUCCCGCCGGGGGCCGCUGCUGCGGGGCCCUGUGAGUGGGUGCAGACGGUCGGGGUGAGGGCUCGGCGCCCCCCUUUGCAGACUC